GGUAAAUCUUAGAUUCAUCUAUUUAUAGCGGAAUAGGUAGGCGGUUCCACUGCACAUUCUCGCAAUAUCAUUGGUUGGUCGUGUAGAUCUAGUGGUGGGGAAAACUGUGAUGGUAUAAAAGCCGUAUUUUACGGUAAAACCUUUAGUUAAUUCUUGUUAUUGUAAUCGUUAACGGAAAAAUGACUGGCAGAGGCAAAGGUGGUAAGGGUUUGGGAAAAGGUGGCGCUAAGCGUCACAGGAAAGUUCUACGAGACAAUAUCCAAGGAAUCACGAAGCCCGCUAUCAGAAGAUUGGCCCGCCGCGGAGGGGUGAAACGUAUCUCUGGUUUGAUUUACGAAGAAACUAGAGGUGUACUUAAGGUAUUCCUAGAAAACGUUAUUAGAGACGCUGUAACUUACACCGAACACGCAAAAAGGAAGACUGUAACAGCAAUGGACGUCGUAUAUGCUUUGAAACGCCAAGGUCGUACGUUGUACGGUUUCGGAGAUUUGAAAGAAAGAAGUGGAUCGUCAUUGCAGGCCAUCAAGAAAUUUAUAGCUUCCAACUAUAAAGUAGAUUCGGAAAAGUUGGCUCCUUUCAUUAAGAAAUACCUCAAAUCAGCUGUGCAAUCUGGAUCUUUAGUUCAGACAAAAGGAAAAGGCGCAUCUGGUUCGUUCAAAUUGGCAGCUGGUGGUUCGACAUCGGGAUCCCAGAAGAAAGUGAUUAAAAAAGCCACCUCCAAGUCCAAAGAUGAUCUUAAAAAAUCCACUUCGGCAUCAGCUGUGUUAAUUCUUGUUAUUGUAAUCGUUAACGGAAAAAUGACUGGCAGGGGCAAAGGUGGUAAGGGUUUGGGAAAAGGUGGCGCUAAGCGUCACAGGAAAGUUCUACGAGACAAUAUCCAAGGAAUCACGAAGCCCGCUAUCAGAAGAUUGGCCCGCCGCGGAGGGGUGAAACGUAUCUCUGGUUUGAUUUACGAAGAAACUAGAGGUGUACUUAAGGUAUUCCUAGAAAACGUUAUUAGAGACGCUGUAACUUACACCGAACACGCAAAAAGGAAGACUGUAACAGCAAUGGACGUCGUAUAUGCUUUGAAACGCCAAGGUCGUACGUUGUACGGUUUCGGAGGUUAAAUUUCACCAUCGAAAUAUUGCUAUCGGUCCUUUUCAGGACCACAAA